ACGUUUUUGUGAAUUUGCAGUACUGUAAUGUGUUAAGUGUGUGCUGGUAUUGGUGAAAGCUUGGCUGGACUGGUAAUGUUAUGAUAUGUGCCUCUUGAGUGGAAACCAAGGAAAGCUGUAUGAGAAUCUUAUUUGGAGCCAGGUUUCUGUAUCUCAGCAUGUGGCCGUUGAAAGGUGCGUUUUACUAGUUUUCCUAUGUAUAUAAGCUAUGCUUUACACAGUUACUUCCUUAUCAAAGUAUGGAGCAGAAUUUAAAACGUAAAGAAACCAACUUGACCACCUGGUUUAACAGCUCGAUGGAUUCUGUAAGCAGAUACUGCAGAAUUCCUAUUGACCAGAAGAACUUCCAGUGAGUGAUCACAGCAAGCAAUUCCUUAAAAACAUUGGCGUGUUGCAACAUGCUUUAAUGUGAUGUGGAAUCUUUUGAAAUGAAUUUAAGAAGCAACCUGAAGAUUUAUUUCCCUGCAUCAGCCUGGAGGAGGAGAGCAAGACGAGUUUCGUCUUUAGUGAAAAGCAGAAGCUGUAAGCUCAAGGCCAACUGCAUUUCACAGCUCCACAGUACAGUUGUGAGAUUUUAAGCACAGCCCACACGUCUUAACAUAUGCUACUAUAAAGAAUUAGUGUUUUAAUGAGUCGGGAACAUCCUUGAAGUGAUUGAGUCAGUGUUGGUCACCGAAGAUUGCAAAACUAUUAUGCAAGACAUUUGUGGUUUUCUGAGUGAAUUGGUGCUUCAUUUUUAAUUUCAUCAGACCAGUGUGAUCAGUUGUCAAUUGUAAAUAAUGAAUGUCAUAUUGAUAGGGUAAAAUGUGUUGCUUUUGUUUGGGUAUGAUAAUUGGUACUCAAAAAUGAGUUUCCAUCUUAAGCCUCUCAGGUGAUACCAGAUUGCUGCAGUUGACUGAUUUACAGUGUGGACACUUGAUUAUUUAAUGUUUUAUUUAAUGUAAAAAUUUUAUUUUCAAACUGUGGCUGGAGAUCUGUUGUUAUCCUGUUAAGCUAUAGUUCAGAUUUCUGGUAUAUUUAAAGAAGAGAGGCCUUUACAUUGUACAGGUAUUAAGUAAAGUAAAUGGGACAUAGUUUCACCUUGUUUGCUCUUUUAUAUUGUCAUGUGAUAGUACUGCAGCAAAGCUAGUGCUCCAAACAUAUGCAGUAUUUGUACUUCAAUGGAUGGCUUUUAUACUUUUUAUUAAAUACCACAGCAGUGUAGUAGUGCUUUUUGUUUUUAUAUGAAGGACACUGGUUGAAAAACCCCGCUUCGAGAGAAGGAAGUCAAGAUCUCCGAGGGGACGUGAAAGCGCCAGCAACGAAAAUCCCUCCUCAGCCAAUCAGAGUGGAGAUUGUUUUCAAGACGACCAAUCAGCGACUGCUACGUCUUACGGCGGCGAGCGAGUGGAGCGGAACGCCCAAACGCGUCUCAUUGAAGAAGAAGAGCGACGCUCCGAGGCUUCCAUCCCCUAAGACAGUCAGUCAUGGCGACCACAAUCUGUAAGCUGUUUGUCGGAGGACUGAAUGUGGAGACCACGGUCGAUGGCCUCCGCGGUCACUUCGAGCAGUUCGGGACGCUCAGCGACUGCGUGGUGGUCAUGAACCAGGCGGUCGGGCGGUCUCGCUGCUUCGGCUUCAUCACCUACUCGACACCGGAGGAGGCCGACACAGCAAUGGCGGCUAAGCCACAUGUUGUCGAUGGCAACAACGUGGAACUGAAAAAGGCCAUAGCCCGGGAGGACGCCAGCAAGCCGGACAUCCUCGCUAAUGUCAAGAAGAUCUUCGUCGGCGGCGUGAAGGACCACCUUGAGUCGGAACACCUGGUCGACUACUUCUCCAAGUUCGGCGUGGUGGAGAAGGCCGAGAUCAUCUCCGACAAGCAGACCGGCAGGAAGAGGGGCUUCGCCUUUGUCUACUUCGAGGACAGCGACUCCGCCACGAAAGCGGUGAACACCAAAUACCACGACAUCGACGGGAACCAGGUGGAGGUGAAGAAGGCUAUGACCAAGCAGGAGAUGUCCAGCGGCGGCGGCAGGGGAGGCAGGGGCCGGGGCAGAGGGAUGCCGAGCUUCGGCGGCGGAAGAGGAGGAGGCGGCGGCUACAGGGGAGGCUACGGCGGCGGCGGCGGUUACGGCGGCGGUGGUGGUUACGGAGGCGGUUACGGUUACGCAGGGGGUUACAACGGCGGCGGAGGAGCAGCAGCUUACGGAGGCUACGAAGAAUACGACCAGGGUGGCGAUUACAACAACGGGGACUAUGGGGAGGGCUACGGACAGCAGCAGUCCAACUAUGGUGCAAUGAAGGCGGACAGCUAUUCUUACAGGAGCGGGGCUCCUUACAACCGGGGAGGGGGCGGCGGUGGCUACGGCCGAGGUGGCGGUGGCGGGUUCGGCGGAGGUUAUCAGUGACACCCUCCAUUUGUGAGAUGUUUAUGGGGAAAAUUCUGAACUUGAAUCUACACACACGGACACAGUACACAAGCCCAGGUGGAGGGGGGGGAUGAAGGGUCUUCGUGGUUCAGGGCCCAUCACCCACCAUGGAUGAAUGAAUGAGACUGUCCUCCUGGAUCCGGCCCCCCCGACCUCCUCUAAUUCCACACAUGGACUUUACUACUAAGAAUUGUGAAUUAUUGAAUUGUACUUAAUGUUUGUUUUUUGGGGGGGGGAGGGUGGAUUGUUUUGAACUAUUUGUAAUCCAUGUCAGUCACUGCUUCUCCACUCAGAUGUGAGUUUGUUUGUCUUGCAGACAUGGCGUUACUGUUUCAUGAGCUCAGGGUUUUAGGUGAAGUUGUCUGGCGACGUGGGACUCGACUGCUUUGAGUUUGUUGAUCUUAAAAAAAAACACACGUAUUUUUUUCGUACUGUUCUGUUUGACUGUAGAAUGACCUUCUUCCACCUAUCCCGUCCAAUUAGGGCCUCCAGGCUUUUGUUUAAAUUAAAUUAAACUGUUUUGAAAUCCAUGUGUUCAGUUUGAAAUCCAUGUGUUCAGUUUGCCCCAUAUGUUGUAUUCUGCUUUUAUUAAAGUUUUUAAUGUUUUGAAAAUCCA